AUGUGCGCAUUUUCCAGGAAAAUUUUAUCGAGAUUAUGUGCCGACUUUAGUUCAAGCUGCAAUAUUUUCAAAGUGAUUAGUUUUAAUUGGAGUAGAAAUUAUGGAUCGUUAAAGAGGCAAGAAUUCUGCAACUUUGUCAGGAACAAACAAUGUCUUAAUAGAAGUGCUUUGGUCAAAUUUAAUUUAAUUUUAUUAGGUAGUGCAGAAGCAGGCAAAUUCAAAAAAGGCUUACCCUCUUAUACAAUAGCGGAGGUUGCAAAACAUAAAACAGAAAAAACUAGAGUUUGGGUAUACUACAAACAAGGAGUGUACGAUAUUACAGAUUACAUUGAUGAACAUCCUGGGGGACCAGAAAUAAUUAUGCAAGCAGCUGGAGGUUCGCUAGAGCACUACUUUUCCCUUUAUCAUCAUCAUUUAAACGAGGAUAUCUUUGAAAUACUGGAAUCGUUAAGAAUAGGUAAUUUAAAAACCUAA